AAUGAUCUUUUAUUGUUGGUUUUUAUGAAUACAGAGCUUCAAUCUUGAUGCCUAGUUAACUCCUUCCUUGCCAGUUAUAGUCUUAGUUGUAUUACUAAAAGAUAUGAAACCUCGAUACAUCCAAAGUGAACUACCGUUUCCUAUGUUUAUAUAGUCACAAGAAUGAGCUUAGUUCUGAAACCAUACUCAUAACGUUUGAUGAUAAACGAUAUCCAUUGAGCACUGGCUAUGGCAACGGGUGAUGUAAAGGUUUUAGGAGCAUGGCCGAGCACAUUUGUUAACCGGGUCCUGAUGGCUCUUAAGAUAAAAUCUGUCGAGUAUGAGCUUAUCGAGAUGAAUCCACGUGAAAAACCCGAGAUUCUUCUUAGAAACAAUCCUGUGCACAAGAAAAUCCCAGUUCUCAUCCACGGAGACAAGCCGGUCUGUGAGUCCCUCGUCAUUAUGCAAUACAUUGACGAUGCCUGGGCUACUGGUACCUCCAUCCUCCCUUCGGAUCCAUAUGAUCGUGCCUUAGCCCGUUUUUGGGUAGCCUAUAUCGAUGACAAGUGGUUUCCAUUAGUGAAAGUCCUGAUAGAGACAGAAGGGGAGGAGGAAAGAACAGAGCUUAUACAGAAAGUGUCUGAAGGUCUGGUGCUGCUAGAAGAGGCCUUUGUGAGUUGUAGUGAAGGAAAGGAUUUCUUUGGAGGAGAAAGCAUCGGUUACCUGGACAUUGUUCUUGGAUCCUGCUUGGGAUGGCUGAGGGUGACGCAGAUAGUUCUUGAAAUUGAACUUCUGGAUCGAACCAAGAUUCCUCAACUGGUGAAAUGGGCCGACAGGUUCUCAUCAGACGAUGCUGUUAAGGAUGUUUUGCCAAAGACUGAGAAGCUCCUGGAACUUUAUAGGAAGAUCCAAGCUUUUCUUAAAGCUGCUUAGUGUUCAAUGAAAACUUCCUACAGUUGUCGAUCAUAGUUAUCUGUUUCCUGUUUCUGUAUUUUCUUUUGUCUUAUGAGCCUUUAAGUCCAAAACAUUACAAGAUCAAAGAACUUGGGAAAUGUACAAUUUAGCAGAAAUCAAAUAAAAGAUUCAUUAUCUUUCUAUAUUGUACUGAUUUUACGGAGCCCUUAUGCAGUAAGUGAA